CUUUUCUGUUUUUCACCUGGAUGCAUACGGAUAACAAAUACUGUACUUACUGAAAUCUGUGUCUGCAAUCGCGAAAGCAUAAGCGCUUUCUUUUGAUGGCAGCCGUGGAGGGAAUACUGACCUACUGUAUUUUAAAUCGAGCUGCAAACUGCUAUCAUGCGCUUUUCCGCCUAUACACUGAUGCUAAUUGUGCUAGCAACAGCACUGCAUUUCGCUGCUGAUGUGAACGCCAAACGCGCAAGUACCGACGGCGUCGUAUGCCAGCACGGAUCCCAGCGAUGCGGCCACAGGGACUGCUACCGUCCACAGGAUGGUGAAGCCUGUGAAAAUGGCAGGAUUCUGCCGCCACCCAAAUGCGGAUUCAGUGAGGAACGCUGUGGCAGUAAAUGCUACCAUAAGUUUCGUGAAACGUGCACCAACGGUACAGUAUGCGGAAUGGGCGAAGCGGCAUGUGAAACGCGGUGUUAUCAUCGCCUUCGUGAGACCUGUACCAAUGGUACGGUUUGUGCUAUGGGCGAAGCCGCUUGCGGGACACAAUGUUACAACGUCAUUCGCGAAACCUGCACUAAUGGGAGAAUAUGUGAGAUGGGCGGAUCGUGUGAGAAUUAUAGGGCUCGGCAAUCUCUGGCCCCUGUGAAGUGUGGAUUCAGUGAGGAACCUUGUGGCAGUAGAUGCUACCAUAAGUUUCGUGAAACCUGUACCAACGGAACAGUGUGUGGAAUGGGCGAAGCGGCCUGUGGAGAUCGUUGCUAUCAUAGAAUUCGCGAGACCUGCACUAACGGGGUCGUGUGUGGAAUGGGCGAGGCUGCCUGUGGAACGAAUUGUUACAACGUAAUUCGUGAAACAUGCACCAACAGUAUCGUGUGUGGGAUGGGCGAGGCUGCUUGCGGAACCCGGUGUUACAACAUUAUGCGGGAGAGCUGCUAGCCUAUUCCCAUUGGAUCGACCACGAAAGUCGGCAGAAACCUUGUAAAAAAUCGGGGCGUUGCUAAUGGUCCUCGAUUUGGUCAGAAGUGCAAGUGAGCAGAGGCGGUUCUGUUCGCGAUGUGCUCGGUUAUUAGCGGUACAUAAUCAUACAGACGACCUGAGUUUUUGCAAGUAUCAACUUUUAAUUAGCGUGCAGAUUAGUUUUAGAGUUUUGAUUUGCUGUUCGAUGUCAGAUCACUGCAAGACGCAAGUCAUCUACGUAGUUUUGUUUUCUCUACUGCGGCAAUAUUAAAGUACGUAUAACUGC